AUGAAAUUGUGCACAUUCGGAGAGAAGCAACCCAAGGAAAUUCAAAGCAUUGACACAUAUCUGCAAGUGUGGGACUCCACAGGAGAACAACAUAACCUACAUGUUUUCACACGCGAUGGUCUCACAAAAACCUAUCACAGAGGACGCCUUGAGAAGAAGGACCUUCAAUUUAUUCGUGAAAACCACCUUACUCUAAUUGCCCCAAAAGAAGGGGAAACUCAUGCUCCACAAAUACUCAUCAUGUGUGACCAAUCAUGGAACUUUAUGAACUUUAAAGGACGAAACUUCGUCCUCCCAUCUGGUUUUCUUCUGGUACCGACGCGGCUAGGCUACAUGGUCACGGGGAAGCGGAGCGCCAAGGAAGGAGGGGAUACGUGUACGAAUUCAUCAAUUCAUGCUGUAGAGUUACAUUCAAUACUUGGUCAAUGGGAACACCAUUGGACUAUACAGCCUCAUGAGAUGGACAGGGAGUUCUGUGGUCCCGGAAGGGAAGAAAGGGCCCACAUCAAUGCCCAAGUCCUCGCCAAUUUCAAUAACUCGAUUGAGAAGAAAGACAAAGGGUAUGUCGCUCGUUUACCACUCAAAGACGAUCAUAAGAGACUACCAGACAACAGAGCCCUCACAAUUCAUAGACUCAAAAGCAUUAUGCAAAAGUACAAGGAUAAACCCGAUCUUCUGCGGCAAUAUAAUCAUGUUUUCAAGAACAGCUCAACAAAAACGUUCUGGAAGUAG